AUGAUCAAUACUAAUACGCCAAAGGAAAAAUGGGUCCUAUCUGAAGAAAUUCUUAAGAAAGUUCAUUAUAAAGUGGAAAAUAAUUAUGAUACAAAUCCAUACAAGUUAAAAGAUCACGGAAUACCACCUUCAGUGUUGGCAUCUUUACACGAUGCUGCAUUAAAGCAUUUAUGUGGAGAUGAUAGCUUAAUUUAUCCAGAUCAAAACUCCUCUUAG